AGGGUCAGGGGAUAAGCGAAAGCGAGGGAGAAACGGAAGCGAGGCGAAGAUGCUGCUGCUGCGCGGCGCCAGGGCGGCGUCGGCGGCGUCCACCGCGGUGGCUGCAGGCGCUAGCGCAGGCAGGUGCAUAUCCAUCCGGCUCACCGCCGUCGCCGCCUUGUCCUCGGGUGGAAGGAGGAGGAAGGGCCAGCGGCGGGGGGAGGCCAAGCCGCCGUCCCCGUCCCCGCUGCCACCGCCGCCGCAGCCCUUGCCUCGACACGGCGAGACCCCGAGCAGCAAGAAGAAGUCCGGCUCGAGGCCAUCGUUCGAUGCCAAGAAGAACCGCCCGGCGGAACUUGAACAAGCGCGCGGCCCUCGGAGUCCGGAGCGCGGCGAGGCGAGGAAGGGGGGUACGCAGCAACAGCAGCAGGAGAAGGCAAAGGCGAAGCGGGCGGUGCGGUGGAAGUGCGCGAGCGGGUGCGGAGCGUGCUGCAAGCUGGACAAGGGCCCCGACUUCCCCACCCCCGACGAGAUCUUCGCCGACCACCCCGAUGACCUCCAGCUGUACAGGAGCAUGACCGGCGACGAUGGAUGGUGCAUCAACUACGACAAGGCCACCCGCACCUGCAACAUUUACCAAGACCGACCUUCGUUCUGCAGGGUGGAACCGAAGGUUUUCGAUGAGUUCUUUGGCGUGCCACGCAGCAGAUUCGACAGGGAAGCUUGCAGUGCUUGCCUAGAUAACAUCAAGAUGGUGUAUGGUGAUGACUCUGCCGAGCUCAGUAAUUUCAAGCGUGUGAUAAGGGAUGAAAGUAAAAAGAUGGAACUGGAAGCAAGCAAGAACCAAGAUAAAUUAUUGGAUACAUAGAUCCUGAGGCAUGGAUCUGCACUAAAAUCAUUGAGUAAAACCGUGAAGCAAACAAUGCACUUAUAAGGUUGAAAAAGCAGACCAAGCUAAGCGAGGUACUCAGUGGAGGUAACCCGAACCGGUGCUAUGACAACUCUGACAUGCGAGUGCACACUUCAGUUCUGAACGUAUCCUUGAUACCGUAGUCAAGCCUGAUUCCAAGACCCCAAAAGUUUUUGGUAUUCUUUAUUGUCAGCAAUUAUUUGAGGCGUUUCAAAAAAACAAUUAUUUGC